AUGGUGUCCUACCGUGGCGAUGUCCGCCACAUGACGGAGGACAACGCAGCACAAGUCAUCGGGGUCGCAUGGCCAGUGGGCCGAGAACCCAUCCGCACAAAUCUACAGUCACAGCGUCUGGUAAGGCCAACUCACGAAUCCAUUCCACUCGCGUCUUCGAACGAAAGGUAA